AAAAAAAAAAGAAAAAGGGUGGGGGGGGCUGCUCGUAUCUCAAACGCCCCCCUUCUAAUACAUAGUGCGCACUACACCGCUUCUAGAAGCCUGUGACGUCACACCCUAUGCAGUGUCCCUGAGAGGUGCACGCGGAGUGGAUUGAGCGCGAGCCGCUGCCUCAGUCGGUGUAACGGGGUGGGUUUUUUCUGGUGGUGCUGAUGCUGCGGUUGCCGGUUGUAAUGCUGAGGUAUUAACGCUGUAAGUUUUCCGUCAUCGAGGAGUUUCUGAACAAUCUCUUUCCUUUCAUUCUUCGGAACAGAUCUUUCUUUAUAGUUGGCUGGCGGACAAGUAGAUUCAGUUAGGCUGCUGAUAUAGAGACUGAAUCCACCUCGAAAUGGAGCACCAGGACAUGAUGAAUUCCGGACAGUACGGCUCUGGGGAGGUCGUGGUGUCCGCCAUGGCUGACGUGACCCUCGACGACAGCCCUCGGGAGGACAUGAAGAACGGGACGGCGGCACACAUGAGGCCCGGGCAUGGCCCGGGAAAAGAGGAGACAGCGGGGUCAAAGCCUGACUCGACCUCUCAAGACGAUGUGACGGAGGGUACAGAGCCUAAAGCUGCCUCCGAUCAUGAGGAUGUGGUGUCUGCUGCACCAGGGACAGCAGGAGCAGGUGAAGAUGCUUUAACACCAGAGGGGCUCUCUCCGCCACACAGCGGUAGAAGCAGUGCGGCGUCUAUGGACAGGGAAGAGGAGCGUUUGAACGGGGCCUUGGCUGGGUCAGUUAGCCCACAGCAGUCACCUAUGUCCCCACAAGCAUCACAAGCUGCCCCAGCUGACGGUUUAGAGUCGGCAGUGCUGAGCUUUGACAGCCAGGUGAAGACGAGUCCUUUAGAGGAGAUGGUUGGGAAACACGGUCCCAGUGGUUUUCAAGAUGAGAGAGAGGAAGAGGAAGUCGUGAAGCAUGGUAAGAAGGACGAGAGCAAGGGUUUCGGAUCGGAUCAUGAGGAAGAGUUAGUAGAGAGUCCUGCCAUCCCUGAUAGUCGUUCUAACAUAGAAGAUCAACAGGAGGAGCAAGAAGGAGAGGAAGAAGAAGAACAAGAUGAACCAGAAGUAGUUCCUCCAGUCCACAGCACUGUUGUCCCAGAUGUGUCACCACAGAAAGAUGAAAGCUUUGAUAUUAAGCCCUGCGAAAUGCUAUCCCAACUGCAAAUGACUCCAGAUGAAGCAAAGAAACGAGGAUUGUCAUUUGACUACACCGAAUCCGAGCUUGUUCAUCAGAGAACCCCUGACCGCUGGGAAAAUGGCUCUGACAAGACUCCCCCAGAGAGCAAAAGUCCUGAUUCCUGCAGGGCUGACCCUGGUUCCCCUUUCUCCCCUAGUACUGCUCCUGAUCACACCCAAGAGUCACCCAUCACUGAACACCAGACUGAAGCCCAAGAGUACGAACCAGUGGAAGAACAGGACCUGGAAGUGAUCAGUAUUCCUACAGCUCAUCAGGAGGUCAUAGUACCCAAGAUGGAGCCAGAAGUAGACACCAAACCUGAGGAUUUCAAAGAUGACAAACCAGAGAAGUACCUGGAUACAACUGAGGAAGCUCUCAUUGCUACUGUUGAGGCAGCACAAAGCGCUGAGCCCGCUGCCCAACCAGAAGUAGCAGCUGUUGCUGAUGUUGAAGCUGAUGUUGGUGAACCCUGUCCUCCAGAACCAAUUAAAGCAGCACCAACAAAAACAGUACCUGUUAAAGAUGCUGCCAUUAAAAAAGCAAAGAAGCCCAUUGCUGCGGUCGAUGCAACCACUGCCCCCAAAUCCACCCCAAAACUCGAGAAAGUCCCCUCAAAAGACGCCUCGCCAGUGCGAAAAACAAGUGUACCGUCCAAAGCCAAGCCCGGAGCAGCAGCAGCUGAUAAAAAGACCCCUUCCAAAUCCACACCAGGCAAAGCUAGACUCACCUCCAGCACUAAAAGAGCCUCGUCAAUCCCAGUGCCCCCAUCCAAACAUACCUCCACCUCCGCUUCGCCCUCUGCCCCAGUUUGUGCCUCAGCCAGAGCCAGUUCUCUAAUCUCUAAACCACACACUGUAGGAGCCAAGGAGUCCAGAGCCACAGCCGGGGAUGCUAAGACGAAGACUAAACCUCAGGGUAUUGGCACCAAAAUCCCUGCAGCCGAAUCUCCUAAAACUCCUGAUCGUAGCGGCUGCAGCAGCCCUGCCACUCCGAAAUCUCCAGCCAGUCGCUGCAGCACACCUGGGCAGCAGGUGAAGAAGGUGGCCGUGGUGCGCACUCCACCCAAAUCUCCCGGCUCUCUCAGAUCCCGCGCUCCCAUUGCCCCUGUUGCGCCCUUGCCUGACCUGAAGAACGUCAAAUCCAAGAUCGGUUCCACUGAGAACAUCAAACAUCAGCCUGGGGGUGGAAAGGUGCAAAUCCUGGAGAAGAAGAUGGAUCUGAGCAGCGUGCAGGCAAAGUGUGGCUCCAAAGCCAACAUCAAGUACACUCCAGGAGGUGGCAAUGUUCAAAUUGUGCACAAAAAGAUGGAUCUGAGCAACGUGCAGUCAAAGUGCGGCUCGAAGGCCAACAUCCACCAUAAACCAGGCGGCGGAAACGUGGAGAUCAAAUCAGAGAAGCUGGAGUUUAAAGCUCAGCCGAAAGUGGGCUCUCUGGAGAACAUUGGCCACGUGGCCGGAGGCGGGAACAGGAAGAAAGAGAAGGGGAAGGAAGCAGAGUCGGGGCCUUCAGGUGCCUCCGUCCACCCAAAUGGGGACACGCCCUCUGACCCCCUGUGUGGGGAAGUCAGUGCCCUAAACCCAAACCACUCCAAUUGAGUCUCACAAGCUGAUGUUCCGUGAGCAGGCGAAGGCCCGCACUGACCACGGCGCUGACAUUGUGGUUAAAUCCCCCUGCAUGUCUGCAGAGGGUUCACCCCGCCCCCUCAGCAAAGUCUCCUCCUCCGGCAGCAUCAACAUGAACGAAUCACCACAACUGUCCACGCUUGCAGACCAGGUGACCGCCUCACUGGCUAAACAGGGCCUGUGAUUCGACCUCCCACUGCGCCUCAACCACCUCCACACCAAGACAAAUGCAACGCUGUAACGUGGCAACUUAAAAAAAACAAACAAACAAACAAAAAAAAGGUUUAAAAAAAAAAAUCAUAAAUAACAAGCAUUUCACCUCAGUCUGUUCAAAAGAAAAAGAAAAAAAAAAAAAAAGGUGCUUGCUGGAUUUCUUCAUAAAUUUUGGUUUUUGACUGCAAGGGACUGAUCAUUAAUAAUGUUAUUGUACUGUCCUGUCUGAUUAAUUGAA